CAAGUUCGAAGCCAAUAUAAAGCGGCGGCGGGGCCGGCUUUUUCCCUUCAUCGCUGCAGAACUUUGCAGAGAUCUAAGCGGCCCUUCACGCCAUCGUCUUUCCUUGUCCUCUUUCCCGCCAACGUGAUGCUGUCCUCUCGCCCCCCACUCGCGGCUCGCCAGCAGGACGCCCCCUCGACCCGCCUGUCGCCCCUAAAGAACUUAGCCUUGGACGACAAGGAGAACACGCCUCCAUCGCUCAGCACAACCCGGGUACUGGCUUCUAAGACAGCCAGGAGGAUCUUCCUAGAGGCGGAUGUUCCUAAAAGCACAAAGGUACCUUCGACCAACAUACAGGACGAACCUCUGCUUCGGGAAAAUCCUCAUCGCUUCGUUAUCUUUCCCAUUCAAUAUCAUGAUAUCUGGAAGAUGUACAAGAAGGCAGAGGCUUCAUUCUGGACCGCUGAAGAGGUGGAUCUCUCCAAAGAUCUUCAGCACUGGGAAUCCUUAAAGUCCGAAGAGAAGUACUUCAUUUCACAUGUUUUGGCAUUCUUCGCUGCAAGUGAUGGCAUUGUCAAUGAAAAUUUGGUGGAGCGGUUCAGCCAGGAAGUCCAGGUCACCGAAGCUCGUUGUUUCUACGGCUUCCAGAUUGCCAUGGAGAACAUCCAUUCAGAAAUGUACAGCUUGCUUAUCGACACUUAUAUCAAGGAUCCGAAAGAGAGGGAAUUUCUGUUCAAUGCCAUAGAAACACUGCCAUGUGUUAAACAGAAAGCUGACUGGGCCAUGCGCUGGAUUGGGGAUAAGCAUGCCACUUAUGGAGAACGUGUGGUUGCUUUUGCUGCAGUAGAAGGGAUCUUCUUUUCCGGUUCUUUUGCAUCAAUCUUUUGGUUGAAGAAGCGGGGACUGAUGCCGGGACUCACUUUUUCCAAUGAACUCAUCAGCAGAGAUGAGGGCUUGCACUGUGAUUUUGCUUGUCUGAUGUUCAAACACUUGGUACACAAACCAUCUGAGCAGCAAGUGCGAGAGAUCAUCACUAACGCUGUCAGGAUAGAACAGGGAUUCUUGACAGAAGCAUUGCCUGUAAAACUAAUUGGCAUGAAUUGCACUUUAAUGAAGCAGUAUAUUGAAUUCGUGGCAGACAGACUGAUGCUUGAGCUUGGGUUUAACAAGAUAUUCAGAGCAGAGAAUCCAUUUGACUUCAUGGAGAAUAUUUCCCUGGAAGGCAAAACCAACUUCUUUGAAAAGCGUGUCGGAGAAUACCAGAGAAUGGGGGUGAUGUCAAAACCCACAGAUAACUCUUUCACUUUGGAUGCCGACUUCUAGGGGCAGAAGGACACUUCUCCAACUAAGCUUGAAAACUGUUAGCUGGGUUUGCCAUAUUGCCCUCAAUGUUCCGUUCUUUCAGUGUGUGCUGGUACUUUAGGAACGUUUGUGUAGCUGAAGCAGGAAAACAAUUCCUUUAAGGGUUAACUUCUGUAUAUUUAUAACAAUGCAUGAGCUACUCAAUUACAAAAAUUAGUUGAAGAGGCAUGCUCCAUUUUCUGGUAAUUGGAUGCUAGCAGCCCAUCAGCCGCACAGGAAAGUUGAAUGAGAACACUCUUUAGAAUGCAACUGAGAGUCUUACUUGAUCUGCAGAAAGUUACAGGCACUGUGGGUUGGAUCCUAUGAACCUUAGUUGUAGCAGAUCGAUUCCUUCUUUCAGCAGCAUUUUGAGACUCCCCAAAGCCAGUGCUGGGAAAGGAUUUGUCAAAGGAACCUUGUGGAUAAAAUACCUUGAGGGACUACAAUAAGGAGAGGCAAGUCCUUCAUUCUAGCCAAUGCAGUGCUGUGGACUAGGAUUUCCACCAGUGCAAGACCCCCUGCAUCAGAUUUUUUGUGAGCCUUAGAGGUCUGAGAAGGUAAGGUAGGCGAGAUCCCAGGUGCAUGUUACAUUCACAGUUCAUAGGAUGCAGCCUUUUCUAACUUCAUUGCCUCUUCGCUGGUUUUAAAUUUACUCUCUUAAUUGUUUGUACGAAAACCUGGCACUUUAAAUAAAGGUCUGGCCUGUAAUUCCUAGAAAAGGCUGGCAAUAUGUGUGAGUUUAGAAUAAACUCUUUUUAGACUGCUUUUUUUUUUUGCUGUAACUUAGUUGUUGUACUCUGUAAAAAUGUGUAAGUGCUGAAAUGAAAAUCAUUUUGAACAUGUGUAGCGUCUGACAAAGUACUUAAAUAGCCUUGGGGUGGAAGUGAUACUUUAAAUAAAACACCAGUUUUCAAAGUGCUGGAUGAAAAUG